AUGGGGCAGUCCAAGACCAAACUGCAUAUCAUCACAUGCGGUCUUGACAACAGCGGCAAGACGGCCAUUAUUAAUCAACUCAAACCAACACCAUUGCGUACAGAACACAUCUCCGCCACUGUUGGAUAUAAUGUUGAGACCUUUGAAAAGAGUGGGGCCCGCUUUACUGUAUUCGACAUGGGCGGCGCAAAGAAGUUCCGUGGACUAUGGGAGAGUUAUUACGAUAAUGUGGAUGGUAUUAUCUUUGUUGUGGAUAGCAGUGAUCAUCUUCGGCUCUGUGUAGUAAAAGAGGAGAUUGAGUUAAUGCUGCAGCAUCCCGAUAUUAAGCGGGAAUUGCCUGGAGGCGGUGAGCAAAGAAUCCCUGUGCUCUUCUAUGCAAAUAAGAUGGACUUGCCGGGUGCCAAGACGGCGGCGGAACUCGUGGAUUUGUUGGAUCUCACUACACUCAUGGCCGAUCAUCCGUUUAAUAUUUUUGCCUCCAACGCCCUGCAGGGCACCGGCGUCGCCUCGGGAUUUGAUUGGCUGCAGAGUACACUCAUACGGCAAAAGGAAUCCGCCGCACAGGCGAAGAAAAAGAAGUAA